AUGUUGGGGCUGUGGACAUUUCAGAUUCCUCUGCUAGUGGGUCUCCUGAUUCUGCAUUACUUGAAGCAGCUCUGGUCACAUAGACACUACCCUCCCGGACCUUUUGAACUUCCUUUCAUUGGAAACAUGUGGCGGUUUGCAGCUCAGCUUCCCCAAAAUGUUUUAAUGGAGCUGGGGAAAAAAUACGGCAAGAUUUACACUCUAUGGUUAGGGCCACGACCCAUGGUGGUACUUUCUGGAUUCCAAGCUGUUAAAGAAGGGCUGAUCGGCCAUUCUGACGAAUUCUCUGAGAGAACAGAGACCCCCUUUUUUAAAGCUAUAAUGAAAGGCAAAGGAAUAAUAUUUGCAAAUGGACAUACAUGGAAGCAGCAGAGGCAUUUUGGGGUAGUUACCCUGCGGAAGCUGGGACUGGGGAAGAAAGGGAUGGAGCACCACAUAAUCGAGGAAGCCCAACAGCUUGUGGAGACUUUUGCAGAGGAAAAGGGGCAGCCUUUUGAUCCUUCAUUACCCAUCACCAAUUCAGUCUCCGAAGUGAUAAGAAUCUUGGCUUUUGGAAAGCAGUUUCCCAAGGAGACCUUCCAGAAACAGGUGGAAGCCAUUGCUUGUAUGGAAAAGAUUAUAUCUACUGUCUCUCAUGGGCUCUAUGAAAUGUUCCCUUGGAUCAUGAAACAUCUUCCAGGUCUUCACCAGAAGGCAUUUUCCACAAUGGAUGAGGCAGUUUUAUUAGCAAAGAAGGAGAUACAAAACCAUAAGAUGUAUCAGACACAGUAUGAGCCACAGGAUUUCAUUGAUUUCUACCUACUUCAGAUGAAAAAGGAUAAAGAUGGUCCCAACUCUGCCUACAAUGAGGACAACUUGGCUCAGUGUGUUCUGGAAUUAAUGGGUGCAGGGAUAGAUACCAUUUCCACUACUCUAAAAUGGGCACUGCUCCUCAUGGUAAAUCAUCCAGAAAUUCAAGAUAAGGUCCAAAAGGAAAUAGAAGAUGUUUUUGGUUCCUCUUCCUUAAUCUGCUAUCAAGAUCGGAAGAAACUACCCUAUACCAAUGCAGUAAUUCACGAAAUCAUGCGUUACAGAUAUAUUUUAUUAUUUGGAAGUGGCAGACAGACUGCACAGGAUGUGAACAUAUAUGGUUUUCAUAUACCCAAGGGGACCUUUAUUCUUCCAGAACUGAUCUCUGUUCUUACUGAUCCUGAGCAAUGGGAGACACCUGAAAAAUUCAACCCAAAUCAUUUUUUGGACAUGGAUGGACAGUUUGUGACCAGAGAAGCAUUUCUGCCAUUUGGUGCAGGGGCUCGUGUAUGUAUCGGAGAGCAACUGGCGCACAUUCAGAUAUUCAUCUUCUAUACAAAGUUGCUGAGGGCAUUCACCUUUCAACUGCCAGAAGGAGUGGAAAGACUCAGUGAAGAGAUUGUACCAGGGCUCACGUUACAGCCCCAUCCUUUUAAGUUCUGUGCUAUCCCCCACUGCAUAUAUCAUAAACCAGGGGAGGGGACCAUGUUCCAGCUGAACAUGGUCCUUGAGAGGAUCAUGAACUCGGGCAUAAGGUACUGGAGAAUCUGGCGGAAGCCGGAGUUCACGACCACAUGGAAAGGUUGGCCGUCUGUGUCCUUCAUCUCCCCUAUGAGGUGGAAGGCGCUGUGGCAGGAAAAAACCCAGCACCACCAGCCUCCAGCACCACUUGUGGUGCACCACCUGGCAUUGGACCUGCCACAGGUCUAG